GAGAGGAGAGGAGAGCGGAAGUGGCGUUGGUCUGGCCGGAGCCCUUGGGUGAAUUUGUUAGGCGUGGAGAGGGAGUGAUGUCUUCCAGACUCGGUGCAGUACCCGCCACUCCGGGACCCACAUCCUUUAAGCAGCAGAGGAGCGCGAGGAUCGUGGGAGCUAAGAACAGGACCAAGUGCUCCAUAAAGGAUAACAGUUUCCAGUACACUAUUCCUCACGAUGAUUCCUUAAGCGGCUCAUCAUCUGCCUCUUCAUGUGAACCAGUAAGUGAUUUUCCAGCAUCCUUUCGAAAAUCUACCUCCUGGAUGAAGAUGAGAAGGAUCAAGCCAGCUACUACUCCCCAUGUUGAAGGAUCAGGUGGAGUAUCAACCAAAGGAAAAAGGAAACCCAGGCAGGAAGAAGAUGAAGAUUAUCGAGAAUUUCCUCAGAAGAAGCAUAAGCUUUAUGGGAGGAAGCAACGGCCUAAAACUCAGCCUGCUCCCAAAUCCCAGGCUCGUCGUGUUCGGAAGGAGCCACCAGCCUAUGCAGCAGGCAGUUUAGAGGAGCAAUGGUACUUAGAAAUUGUGGAUAAAGGCAGUGUCUCCUGUCCUACCUGUCAGGCAGUGGGGAGGAAGACCAUAGAGGGCUUAAAGAGACACAUGGAAAACUGCAAACAGGAAAUGUUUACUUGCCAUCAUUGUGGGAAACAACUUCGUUCACUGGCAGGGAUGAAGUAUCACGUCAUGGCAAAUCAUAAUAGUUUGCCCAUUUUGAAGACCGGAGAUGAAAUAGAUGAGCCAAGCGAGAGGGAACGGCUCCGAACAGUUCUAAAGAGACUGGGAAAGCUCAGGUGCAUGCGUGAGAGUUGCUCCAGUAGCUUCACCAGCAUCAUGGGAUAUCUCUAUCAUGUCAGAAAAUGUGGCAAAGGGGCUGCAGAGCUGGAGAAGAUGACCCUGAAGUGUCACCACUGUGAAAAGCCAUAUAGAUCGAAGGCUGGGCUGGCGUAUCACCUGAGGUCAGAGCAUGGGCCUAUCUCCUUCUUUCCAGAGUCAGGACAGCCAGAGUGCUUAAAAGAGAUGAACCUGGAGUCAAAGAGUGGGGGCCGAGUUCAGAGGCGUUCCGCCAAGAUAGCCGUGUACCAUCUGCAGGAGCUGGCCUCCGCUGAGCUGGCCAAGGAGUGGCCCAAGAGAAAGGUUCUCCAGGAUCUGGUGCCUGAUGAUCGGAAGUUAAAAUAUACUCGCCCUGGGCUGCCGACCUUCAGCCAGGAAGUACUGCAUAAAUGGAAGUCAGACAUCAAGAAGUAUCAUCGCAUUCAGUGUCCUAACCAGGGUUGUGAGGCUGUCUACAGUAGUGUAUCUGGCCUUAAAGCUCACCUGGGCUCUUGUACUUUGGGAAACUUUGUGGCUGGAAAAUACAAGUGUCUUCUAUGCCAAAAAGAAUUUGUAUCAGAGAGUGGCGUCAAGUAUCACAUCAACUCUGUCCAUGCUGAGGACUGGUUUGUUGUCAACCCAACCACCACCAAAAGCUUUGAAAAGCUGAUGAAGAUAAAGCAGCGGCAGCAAGAGGAAGAAAAGCGGAGGCAGCAGCACAGGAGCAGAAGGUCCCUAAGAAGGCGGCAGCAGGCCGGCCUCGAGCUUCCGGAGGAGGCAGAGCCCAGUCCUAAAGGAGGGAAAGAUCAGAGGAGGAGCAACGAGGAACUGCUAGUGUCGACCUCCUGUAAAGACCCAGAGCAGGAGCCAGUGCCAGCACAGUGCCAGAAAGUAAAGCCCCCAAAGACUAAUCAUAAACGAGGAAGGAAAUAGGCAGGCAGGGUGAACGCGCUCCUAGGAGAGUGGAUGCUAGAGUCACAGGGACCUGGGCUGGGAGGACUGAGCCAUGGGCUGAACGAAGAGAAGUGUGCUCUUUCAGCUGUUCGUGUAAGGCUCUGACUUUCUACUCUUUCCUCCUGUGUAAAUUUCACUGUUUUCCCUUCUUAUUCACGUUGACAAUCCCUCUCCCCCAACCCUUUUUGGUAGGUUUUCCUGCUAUUCCUCUUUGGAGUCCAUUGUUUUUUUCUUGUCUUGCCCACAGAGCUCCCUCCUAAGGCCAACUCCAGGCCCUGGUUGCCCUGUUCAAAACGAGAAAACUGGUUGUCCUUUCCUUCUUGGGAUGUGGAAUGUUCUUGGAAGCUCUAUUGGUUUAGUAGUCCUCAUCACCAAGUUUAUGAAACAAUUCCAAAUUAAUUUCUUAAAACGAUACUGAUUAAUCAUUUUGUAUUUGUGGUAUUACAAACCUAGAAGCUAGAAAUGUUGUCACUCAUGUAUAAGGUUACCCUGUCUCUUUGGGAAACAACCUUUAUGGAGGGUGUUUUUUCUCUCACAGUAUGGUUUUAGGAUUAAAAGAAAAAAUGAGGUUAGGAUGAAAAAAGAUAGAUCUUCUCUAUACUAAUUGUACUGGGAAAUGCUAUGUUUGUCCCAAGUAGCAGUGACAGACUAGACCCACAGGCAUGAAAAGCUGCCUUGGGAGCAGUGUGUCCCCGAACAUUAAAGUGGCUGGAAAGGAGAAAGUAGAAGAAGCAAUAAUUACUGCCUCAACGUUCCUUGGCCUUGGGGCCUCAUCUGUUGUUAAAAUCAGCACCCUCCUGAAGCUUGUUUUGCCCCCUCAGUUUUAAGAGUUGAGAAACACCAGAUUGAUUACCCCUGCUUUUUUUGAUGCAGGAUUCGUGUUCCCGGUAAUGCCACUAAGAUUGGUAGCCAGGGCACACAUUCCAUCUCUCCUGGACUUGACCUCACUUGUGAGUCUGUACCCUGCUGAGUCCUCAUCCCUCCCUUUAGUCAACCUCUGUCUGAAUUUUCUGAGAAUAUUGCUCUCUAUCCUCUUUUAUAUGUGUCCUGUCGUCUUUAAUCCUGAGACUUUGACACCAGAUGUAGAUAUUUACCUGGAGUUGGAAAGAAAAAUUCUUUUUCUGUACCUCAUGCCUACCUGAUAAUGUCUAAUGGGCUGUUAGAUAAUUGUUUUGAAACAAGUGAAGGACAUGGUAUAUCCACUCUACAUUUUCAUUGGCAGUUGUGCAUUUAGAGCCCUUUCAGUAGAUGAGGAUUGUCAGGGAGGAGAAAUGAAGAAGCUAUGUUAAUUUCUGGUGAGUAAGACUUGGGAAAUGUUUGGUAAUGACAAAAGAAAUA